AUGAAUAUUUUGAAGGCUUCGAUGAAGAAAACAGAAUACAAAAUUGUUGUUUUUGGAGACAGCGCUUCUGGCAAAAGCGCCUUAGUAAAACGAUUCAUAAAUAAUGAAUUUCGUCAAACCUACGAUCCAACAAUUGAAGACAAAUACAAGACAAAAUUCAAUUUUCAAAAUCAACCAAUAAACUUGCAAAUAGUUGACACUUCUGGAAAAGAAUUGAUGCCGGGAAUGCUUUCAAGGUACAUUGCAUAUGCCGACGCAUUCAUUGUCUGCUAUUCGAUUGGCUCAAGAAAAUCAUUUUUAAGAGCAUUUCAUCUUUUUGAGUUAAUUUCACAGAAGCGGCAAAUUUCUGAGAUUGCUCGAGUUCUCGUUGGCUGCAAAUGUGAUUCGGAGUAUCGCGAAGUAUAUGCCGAAGAGGGAAAUGAUCUCUCCGCCCAACUACAGUGCUCGUUUGCUGAGACAAGUGCUGCCCAAAACUUGAAUGUCAUCGAGGUAAAACUUGGCUAA